AUGACUAUCUGCCAAAGGAUCGUAAUAUGUGUUGUAUUACCGCUCUUCCUUUUCCAAUUCUUGCCUUACGUAACCAGCCAGCAAGAAUCGGUUUCUGCGAACCGUGAUAAGAAAAAUAAGUUAUUGGCUAAAUCGGUAGUUGGAAUCAUGUUGCUUGUGUUCUUAUUAAGUAUAAUCGGUGGCUACUUGUUUCGUACAUCCCAUGGUGCAGAGAUCGAAGCCGGAGGCCGAGAAGGGGUUAAAGGGCUAAAGAUCGGUAAAGGCGGAGUCGAAUGUGCAAUUUGUCUAAACGAGUUUGAGGAUGAAGAACCGUUACGUUGGAUGCCUCCUUGUAGCCACACUUUCCAUGCUAGUUGCAUCGACGUGUGGCUCUCUUCUCGGUCCACAUGUCCGGUCUGCCGUGCAGACCUGUCUUUUAAACCGGGCGAUAUCUCGGAUCUUGAAACGGGAAAUGGACAAACAUGUGUUUUAGAAUCUCAAGACGACAUAAGCUUGAUGAGUAAUAGUGUGACAUGGAACAACAAUGCAAACUAUAUAACGCCUCGAUCAAGAUCUACAGGGUUAUUGUCAAAGUUGCGUAUGGCUGAGAUAUUCGUCCCUAGAUCUCGUUCGACCGGACAUUCAUUGGUUCGGUUUGGUGAGAAUCUAGACCGAUUCACACUGCAGUUACCGGAGGAGGUUAGCUUCAACCUAAUAAGGAGAAGCCACAUGGCCUUACCUAAAGCCAGGAGUUCGAGAGAAGGACGGCAGCGUUGGGAGCGAGAGAAGUGGUUCCUCUCAGGGACGACAAACGCUUCGUCGGGCUCUCUCUUUCUCUUUUCAAACUGUUUCUGUUCGGUCUACACUUGGCAAGGACGUCCACGAGAUUUCACAAGCUAG